AUUUUGUGAUUAUUUACGGGAAAUAAUUCCGUUGAUAACAGCGAGAAGAUGGUAAUCCUGUGGUCAGGUGAUAAAAGAGCGACAUAGAAAGCUCUGCGCAUGAGGGUAGCUAGCCUACCUGUAGGCUUUGAUAGUUUUUCCGGCACGAAAACCCCGUAAACACGGAGUUCGCAUAACCCGGCCGCCAUCUUGGAUAAUGCGCUCCGCAGGGGGGAGGUGGAAGGGGGUUUUCGUGCCGGAAAAACUAUCAAAGUCAACAGGUAGGCUAGAGGGUAGCAAUCGAUAAAAUCGUUACUGAGCCAAACCCCCCCAUUAGCGAAAAGCUAAAUCCGCCCCUGAAAUUAGUAGGAAGAAAAUAACACUAAUAGCAAUAAUGAGUAUUUUACUAUGAGCACAAUUUGAUGCUGCAUUUUAGAACGCAUUCUUCUAUCUGAGCCUCGGAAUGUCCUUAGCAUGUUUUUAAUUAAAAUUUGGUGAAAUCUCAGGCUGGACGUUCUUAUAAAAAAGUUUCUUAUAAAAAAAAAGAGUGUUAUAAACUGAACGAACGUGCAACGAGAACAAGUUGCCGCUUGCAACGUGUUCAACAUUGUUUAUCCGCACACUUCCUGGUUUUCUUUGGCGCGCGCCAUCUUUUUUCUAUUCCCAUUUGCGCUUGCUACGCGGGCUUGCUGGCUGUUCAUCUAUGGCGCAAAACACAUAGGGUAACAUCAUAGCAGCGAUGCGUAACCAACAGUAACCCGCCAUUUGGCGGUAAAUGCUCUAAUAAUAUGCAUCCGUUAUUGGCAUAGUUAAUAACAUUGUUUUCAAAAACUGCCUCGCCGAAUAGCAUGCUUAUCAUAAGUAAAAAAGGUAAGUAAUUUUGCCCUGUUUAUCAUAAAAAUACUAAGACUACCAGACUACUUUAUAAAAAAAAGAGUGUAAAUAAACUGAGCGAACGAGCCGCUGACUAGUAAAAACUUCUAGGCGUCGGCUGUGGUUGCGGGGGAAUGGAGCUUAGAACGCGCAAAUGAAAACAAAAUGGCUGAUGGCCAAACGACACUGCAAGAUGAACCUUUUGAAAUCCUAAAAAAAUCCGCACUAACCGACAAUGACUUCUCUCGCUGGAUGGAAAACCUGCCUAACGAGAAACAGCUUUGCCGUUUGAAUGACUUGGUUAUCCCCGGUUCGCACGACUCGGGGACAUUUUACUUGAAUCAAGAUCUCGAGGUCGGUCCGGAUGAACCGCAAAUGAUCCAUAAUCUCGUGACAGUCUUCGGGAAAUUCGCUAAGUCAGUCGUCCACGGAUGGUCCGUGACACAAAGUUUGAACAUAUACGAGCAGCUCUAUGCAGGAGUCCGCUACAUCGAUCUACGUGUAGCUUUGAGAGCUGAAGAGAACGAUGUAAGAAUUGUCCAUGGUCUUUAUGGAUGCCUUGUCAAUGAGAUACUUCGAGAUGUGAAACGCUUCAAUGCAGAGCGACCCAAGGAGGUGGUCAUCCUUGACUUCAACCACUUUUAUAACAUGGACAGCGAGGCCCACCAAAGGCUAGCCGAUACAUUAUUAGGCAUGUUUGGGGAGACUUUGCGUGCCCCUGGGGAAGACCCCUUGAAUGUCACUUUACAAGAUCUGUGGGCGUGUGAGCAGAGUGUGAUUAUUGUCUACCAUGAUUACGACGUGUAUGAAUGCUAUCCAUGUUUCUGGCCUCCUAAUUAUUUCUAUUCCCCAUGGCCUAAUGUUUCAGAUCGAAAACAACUGAUGGACUUUUUAAGUACUAAGUGUCUUAAGUCUGACUGUCCAAAUAAUGCGUUCCAUAUCACACAAGGUGUUCUGACACCCCAGACAUCCACAGUUGUUGGCAACAUGACAGGUACCCUUAAGGACUGUCUUGCUGUGAAAUGCAAUAUUCACCUGACGGGCUGGCUUAAGGCAUUGUGCGACAGCAAGUAUCAUAAAUUCAAUAUCAUCAUCACUGAUUUUGUGGAGCACGGAGAGUUUAUUCCUACAGUCAUCAGUAUGAAUUAUUUUUACUGAUAAAAUCUCCUUCCAAUGUUGUGUUGUGAGCAGUACACUGAAAGUUGAUGCUUAAUUAGGAUCUGUUCCAAAGAUUCUGCCUGCUAGAAAGUCAAGGAGGCCAUAAAUCAUCUAUGCAGGGUUAUCAAAGCACUGGCUUGUCUCCUGUACAAGCAUUUUGACCUUUCUUUUGCAAUUUGCUUAAGCUUAGAAACGACUGCUUACCCAAGCCAAACAUUACUAAGCACGGUCUUCCAAUUACUUUUCCUUGCUGGAGUAAGGUUUUCAAAAAAACACCUAAAUCAUACAUGUACUGUAUGAAAGAAGGUUUUCAAGAAUUGUUACUUUAAGUGUAAAUAAUUUUGAGAGAGAUAUGUUUUUUUAAUACAAAUUUAUUUGAAAUUACAAAAAUCUAUAAUUACAUUAAAUCAAUUGAAUAAUAUUUUUUCACCA